UAAAGAUAUAUACUUAUACGGGAGUGUAUGGUGACACAUCGGACUAACAAGGAAGCCUAUAGGUGGUCUGUUACGCUGCCAGUAAUAGCAGCCAAAUAUAUCUGAAACAUAGAACAAAAAGGAACACAUCUUUUUUUCAUAACAAAAAAAGCCGUUAUGAUCAUACUCGAAAUAUUUUCCAUCAGUGGUUCCUGCUCACUCGACGUUGACCUAGGGUUAAAUAGCACCGCCAACCACGACACACUAGGAAACAAGUACUGCAAUUACUCACAUUGAGUCGCUUUGCCGGCUAGAAAUAACAACCAAUUCUCCCUCCUCAGAUCUCAUCAUCCCACAGGAUUGUUUGGGUGGAAAGAAAGAGACAUUUGAUGGCGUAAUCUGUCGCGCGCACCUAGAAAUAACAGCCAAAUACCGGUAAAAAGGAAGGACGCAUUUGGUAAUUUCGGGAUCCUCGUGGGGUUAAAACAUUACAAGUGUUAAAUCGACCUGCUAAAAAUAGCAGCCAGAUCUCCUCCGUCACAUGUUUUACUACGUCUGAAAGAAAGAAACAAAAAAAGGAAGAAAACAAAGGAAGAACGUUCGUGUUAAUGUAGCCAUGGAUAUAUAUACAGUAUGUCGGGAAGAAUAUACUGGAUGGUCACGACUGGAGCGUCUUCGAUCGUAGAUGUUGCUCGAGCAGGGCUGACCUGGGGCUAAUUAACAGCGACCGCGACAACAACAACAAGAAUAUAUAUUUAAUGAGCUGUGCAAGAGUGGAUGAUUAGGCGGCGUCUGCGUAAAGAGAGACAAGAACGGUUGGAACAAUUGGAAUCCAUGAUGGCCAACACCUCUGAACUCACAAACAACUUCUGCCAGAGCGGUUACUGCAACCAGACGGCCGGAGGCAAAUCCCCCGGAAACGGACAGGACAUAAUCGAAGAACGUGGUGAAGACCUGUUUCGAAAUAACAACCACAGCAGUGGUAAUAGUAGUGGUGGUGACGACGAUGGUGGUGGUGGCGGCGGUGGUGGUGGUGGUGGUGGUGGUGGUAGUAGCAGUACUAAUAAUAAUAGUAGUAAUAAUAAUUCUACCGGCAACAGAGUGUUCUGGGAGAGUUUCACAUCGCAUCAGGACCCUUCUUCUCUGUUCACAAAAGACAGUUUGUCAUCGGAAACUGACGCUACAGCACUCGGCCAACCGAGUCGCCACCAGACCUCCUCUUCCUCUUCUUGUGUGACGCCCGACUCAUCCGAACCUCCCAUAAAACGGUUAAAGGUGUCCUGCGAGCAGUUCACAUCUCUACAGAAUGUUAGCAUUGGCGAUGGUGUGGUCAGCAGAAGAAAAUUACCGAAGUCUGGACUCCGGUUCCACACACGACCCAGCCUCUUGAAAAACGCCCACGUUGUUAACCAGAACGACAUGCAGUGCAGUAUCACAGAUAUCUUACCUGAUGUCUCCUAAAUCGUUAGCGCGCUGGGCGGAAAUGCUUACCUGUACUUCACCCAUCCGCUACCUUCUGAGUUCAAAUUCCACCGAGGUCAACUUUACUGUCCAUCUUUUCGGGGUCGAUUAAACAAGCACCAGUUGAACCCUAACCCUAACCCUAACCCGGACCAGGCUGUGCAUGGUGUU